CCCACGAUGGAGAAGUCAAGGAUGCUGCUGCUGUGUGUGUGUUUGACCUUCAUGUCUCUGAGCUGCACCCAGGAGCUAAACGCUACAGUGACAAGUAACAACACGGACUCAUCCAGUACCACCCCACCUGCAUUAUCAACAACAACACAACUGUCCAACCACACCUCGACUCCCGUGACCUCCGACAGCAACAACAUUGUAACCACCAUGGCCUCCUCUCCCUCCACCUCAGCUCUGUCGACGGCCUCCGUUACACCCUCCACCUCUCGGCCUCCUCCGACUGAGACUGAGACUAAAACUGCAACGACUUCGGCUACGACCACAAAAGGAGGGUCUGCCUCUAUGACGGGCUCCUGCAGUACUUGUUAG